AUAACGUUUUCUGAAUGCCACAAGAAUUAUUUAUGUAAAUUCAAGUGAAAUAUCUGCUCACUAUAGACAUAUUACAUCUGAUAGCAUUUCAAAAUGUCUAUUUUUUAUAUAUCGUUUAUGAUGAAAGCAUCCACAACAAGUAAUUGGUAUCAUUUUGUUAUUACCGUUAUAUUAUCAUCAUUAUAUAUCUUCAAUGCAGCCACAUAUAUUUUUGACAGUAGACAAAUAUUAAACAAGCAAAACAUAUAUUCUCCAUAUAACUUUAUACGGUGUGAGACGGUAAACGCUUAACAAGCAGUGUUUUGACGGUUUCAAAAUGGGAUUUCAAUGUACGGACGAAGUUUUGUUGUUUCUUGUGCUGUUCUAUAUACAACAAAUACAUUGCAUGCCGGGUACAUUUCCUGAUGAACCUUUCAACUGUAACAGAUAUAUGGAUUAUGCUUUACACGACUGGUCGUGUAGACCUGACGACUUGUUCGAUAUGCUGGAUGACGAUAAACUAAAAGACGAUGUUAUCACUGGAGACGAAUUUCUUCUUGAAACAAGGGCACGUUGCAG